CCCACCAAUCAUGGAAACUGCAAACUGCAAAAUCUCUCUUCUCCUACUCCUCUUCACGUUCGCAGCAGUCACAACACUCAUCACCUCUGCCAACGUAUGCAAAAACAAGAACUACAGCUGCAAGACAACCAUGACAUGCUGCAAGGCUGCAAACGCCUCCAGAGCCAAAGCACCAUAUGGUUGCUGUCCGCUCAAGAAUGCGACCUGCUGCUUGGACGGCCUGCAUUGCUGUCCGAACAAUUCGAAGUGCUACAGUCCAAUUGUUGGCCAGCCCGUCACCAAGUGCUAUCACAAGAAGCAUGCGAGCAUUGCGGAAGUGGAGGGUGACGUUUACUUGAUCGAUGCGGAAUACGAACCUGUGGCGGUUGAAACGAGAGCGACGUUUGUUGUUGAGGCUGGAUUGAAGUCUAACCCUCCACCUUCAGUAUCUCUUGUCACAUGUGCCAAUGGCAAACACAAAUGUCAAGCAAAUCAAACAUGUUGCACGCAGACAACAGACAGCACAAGCUGCUGUCCAUUCUCUGAUGCAGUUUGUUGUAAUGACGGAAAGCAUUGCUGUCCAGGCACUUCAUCAUGUGGAUCAGAUGGGCUACACUGUGUGACACAAGAGGAACACUUUCCUAUCAUUGUGACUAAACGUGUUGAACUAGACUCGUCCACUCGACUCUGUCUUGACAAUUCGACUCGUUGCACGACUAGACAAACAUGCUGUAUGAAAUCGGGUAAUCAAUUUGGAUGCUGUCCAUAUGAGAACGCAGUCUGCUGCAAGGAUGUCUCUCACUGCUGUCCGCACAAUUUUAAGUGCAACGAGAAUUCACUAGAUUGUGUGCACGCUGAGACGACAAAGUCAGGUGGAAUCUCUCUUAACGCGGUUACACUUGGAUAUGAGAUAGAGUCUGUGGAUAUUGUUUGUCCUGAUCAUGUGACAUCGUGUAGUAGCAAUCAAACUUGUUGUCCGGUGUCAGAAGGCUACGGCUGCUGCCCUGCUGGACCGGACGCGGUUUGUUGUAGUGAUCUUCUUCACUGCUGUCCGAAUGGCUACGCUUGUGAAGGAACGAUGUGCGUGAAAGGCGAGAAAUCGAAGGACGUUGUCUCGAUGUUUGUUGAUCUCGUGGACGUGGAUGGCGACGUGACGUGUCCAGACGGCGGCGUGUGUCCUUCCAAUGUGACAUGCUGUAUGCUCGAGAACGGCAGGUAUGGAUGCUGCUCGGAAGGAACGGGAGCCGUAUGCUGUGCAGAUCGUGUCCACUGUUGUCCACGUCAAUACAAAUGCGAUCUAUCGACGUCUCAAUGUGUGUCCGGACGAGGCGGUCAAAACGGGCCACUACUGACAAUCAAAUUUACCAUCGAAGGUCACCAGUUUGCUACCAAGAAAGAAUCACUAGAGACAAAGGGAAGAGACGAGUCAGUUGGAUACCAAAACAAGGAAGGUGAUCAUGAGUAUUCGGGUGUCAAGCAUGACAACAAUUUGAAGGCUAAAACACAUACAGAGUUGCUUAAAUUUCAUGUUGAUGAGACGUGCCCGGAUGGUCACGUGUGUCCUAGUAAUGCCACUUGCUGUCUGGCGACUGGUGGAAGAUACGGUUGCUGCCCAGCUGGUCCAGAGUCAGUCUGCUGCACGGAUCACAUCCACUGUUGUCCACACGGCUACAAAUGCGACGGAACUUUGUGUGAGAAGACGGACAGCAUUACUGGUGAUGUUCACAAACAACUUGCAACUCAACUCAGAGAAUUGCUCCACAGUGUAACAUGUCCUGAUGAGGGAACAUGCCCGGAUAAUAACACGUGUUGUCCAACAAGUGGCGGUCGCUAUAACUGUUGUCCGGCUGGACUAGACGCCGUCUGUUGUUCUGAUGAUAUUCACUGUUGCCCAAAUGGCUACGCAUGUAGCGGAAAUGUGUGUUUGAAGACUGACCAGGUUACCGGUGAUGUGCACAAAAAACUUGCAACUCAACUCAAGGAAUUGCCUCACAUAACGUGUCCUGAUGGUGGAUCAUGCCCUGAUAAUAACACGUGUUGUCUAGCAAGUAACGGUCAGUAUGGAUGCUGUCCGGCUGGUAGAGACGCCGUCUGUUGUUCAGAUCAUAUUCACUGUUGCCCACAAGGUACAUCAUGUUCCGGCACUAUCUGUGUGUCACCUCGUGACAUUGACGAUCAACCAGCAAGUCAACUUGAGUUGAAAUCGCCUCGUUCAAUAUACUGUCCUGAUGGUCGCUUUUGCUCUAAUGACAAUAGCACAUGCUGUAGAAUAGGAGGUGGUCAUUACGGUUGUUGUCCAGCUGUGAAUGCUACGUGUUGUCCUGAUCAGGCUCAUUGCUGUCCACAUGGAAUGAUAUGUGCUGGGAAGAUCUGUAAACACGCGAGCACCGAACAUGAAGCGACUCGAAUGAAGUUGAUAUCAAUUAGUAAAACGGGAUUGAAUCAGGACUGUCCGUGUCAUGCAAAUCAGACAUGCUGUCUGGCACCGGGAAGCGGUUAUGCAUGCUGUGGAGCUGGAUCCGAUGCCGUGUGCUGCGUGGAUCACAUCCAUUGCUGUCCACAUGGAUUCUCAUGCAAUUUGGAUGACAACCAAUGUGUAUCACGUGAUCAACAUUUACUACAAGUUAAGCAUUCGGUCGAGUCGUCGUAUCGUCAGUCUGCGAGUGAGCGUGUUCAGAGCCUUGUGUGUCCAGACGGCAAGUCGGAAUGUCCAGAUGUCAGCACGUGUUGCAAGAAUGGCAGCAAAUACGCAUGCUGUCCUGUUGAAAACGCCGUCUGCUGUCCAGAUGGUAUACAUUGCUGUGAUCCUGGCUACAAAUGCGAUAUGGUUAGGCAUGGCUGCAUCAAGUCGUCGUCACUCUUCCAGCUCAUUGCAAACGAACCAGACAAAAUGAGUCUCCAAACGAACGACGAGAAUGCUGUCAUUACUAUUGCUCAUGAUGCAAACAAUGAGGGUAGUGAAACGGUUGAUUUAUUUUCAGUUGGUGAGAUUGUUUGUCCAGGUGGACACGUAGAGUGCUCCAAUAAUCAAACUUGUUGUCAUCUCGCUGACAACUUGUACGGCUGCUGUCCUGUAGCUCACGCUGUCUGUUGUUCUGAUCAUCUUCACUGCUGUCCAGCUGGAUACAGUUGUGAUUCCACAAGCGGUCAGUGCAUUCAACCGAACAAAGCUCCUUCAGCAUCGAUGACAUUAGCAGGUGGACGUAAAGUCCGUGUGUUUGCUACUAAACAUGAAGUUUUAGGUAGUAACAAAAUGGUUGAUGGGAAUGACGUCGUUGGUGUGAAAUGUUUGUGUCCUGAUGGAAACACGUGCUGCAAAGGGAGGAACGCAGUGAACGAGUGUUGUCCUCUUGCUAACGCCGUUUGCUGUGGCGAUCAUCUGCACUGCUGUCCGAAUGGCUUCAAGUGUGAUUCGUCGGGAACUUGUGUGCGAGGGGAUUGAACCAAGAAGAGAACAUUGUUUGUUACAUUUCUGGACUCUAAUGGAGAGAAGACGAUGUGAUAUUGUUGACAGACUGUUGAUUAGCUUGCAAUGUAUUAACUGUUUUUUUGUUUUAAAAUAUUAGCGUUUGUAUGUGUUUGUUGAUUUGAUGCAAUUUACUGUUGUAGUAUGAGACUGCGUGUAGAAUUAUAAUAUAUCAAUGUGUGUACUGUA